AGGCCCUGCGUGACGGCUGGGAGGAAUUGCAUCAAAUGUGGGAGAACCGCCAGCAGUUGCUCUCUCAGUCCCUCAACUUGCAAAUGUUCUUGCGAGAUGCCAAACAAGCGGAAGUUCUUCUCGCUCACCAAGAACACGUUCUCUCCAAGGAUGAAAUGCCAGCCAAUUUGGAACAAGCAGAGAAUGCCAUUAAGCGCCACGAAGCAUUCCUUACCACAAUGGACGCCAACGACGAUAAGGUCAACAACGUAAUCCAGUUUGCUCAGCGUUUGGAAGACGAGGGCCACUUUGCAGCCGACAAGGCCCAACGAAAAGCAGAAAACAUUAGUGAACGUCGUGAGGCUAACCGCCAGAGAGCCGUUCAACUUAUGGAGAAGCUGCGUGACGCCCUCCAACUUCAACAGUUCUUGCAAGACUGCGAAGAGCUUUCUGAAUGGAUCCAAGAAAAGAACAUAAUUGCCCAGGACGAGACUUAUCGCAGCGCUAAAACAGUUCACUCCAAGUGGACUCGUCACCAGGCUUUUGAGGCUGAAAUAGCUUCAAACAAAGACCGACUCUACCAUAUCCAGCAGGCUGGGGAGCAAUUAAUUACUGAAAAGCCAGAAAUUAUUUCAACCAUUGAUCCGCGUAUCCAGGAAUUGAGUCACCAGUUUGAUGACCUCGAGAGGACAACACGCGAAAAGGGUGAACGCUUAUUCGACGCUAAUAGGCAAGUCCUUUACGAGCAAACCUGCGAUGACAUCGAUACCUGGAUGUCUGACCUGGAGAAACAGAUGGUGACUGGAGGCACUGGCGAGGACUUGGCCUCUGUCAACAUCUUGAUGCAGAAGCAGCAGAUGAUUGAAACGCAGAUGGCAAUCAAAGCCCAGCAAGUGUCUGAAUUGGGCGCACAGGCCGAGUAUUUGGAGCGCAUGACGCCCGAGAAGGUGGAAGACAUUCAACAGAAAAAGGAAGCUGUCGAAAGAAGAUUCGAUGAGCUGAAAGCACCACUGGUCAGACGCCAACGCGAUUUGGAGAAGAAGAAGGAAGCAUACCAAUUCCGUCGCGACGUCGAGGACGAGAAGCUCUGGAUCUCAGAUAAAAUGCCGUUGGCCACUGCCAGCGACAAUGGCAAUUCACUCUUCAACGUCAACGUCUUGAAAAAGAAGAACCAGUCACUGAGAACAGAAAUCGACAACCAUGAACAGCGCAUUCACUUGGUAUGCAACAACGGACAGAAAUUGAUCGACGACCAAUACUUACAAGGGACUAACCCCAUCCAGAUCAAGAACGAGUAA